UGUAUUGAUUUUAUUUUUAUUUUUGGAAACAACAACAACAACAACAAUAAUGAUGAUGAUGAUGAUGAUGCAAAACCGGCAGUUCAUGAGUACAGACCUGAAAAACACAAACUGUUCAGGUCACGGGUGCCACACAUAAGGUUCGAGGGUGACUUGGCAUAGUGUAAAACUAUGAACUACUCCUCCAGAUUUUCUGAUAAUGCUAUUCCUGAUGUAGUUAUGCCAGCAUGAUUAAUCCACAUGUGUUGAGGCAUAUUGUUAUACUUCCACUUAUAUAUAUAUAUAUUUAAACAGCUGGUCAUCUGUCUCGUAGGAAUUGUUUACUGAAGAGGUUUUUUGUUGCUUUUGCCUGCUGCUCUGACUCUUCUGAGAUUAAGCUCUAAAUUUUGUGUCCAUCGGUAACUUGAGAUAGGCUGGUUGUCCUCCCCAGUCACGUGGUCAGCCUGAGCAUCCUUUGGCAGAUCCAGCAGGCUGCCUCGCGUGUCUCCAGUAAAGGUUAUAGAGUGAACCAGCCCCGCUGCUGCGUCCUAUAGUCGCCUCAUCUCCCGCUUCUAGCUCUUUCUCCUCUGUGCAGACUGCUCUGUGAAAACGCAGCAGGUUAUGCCACCCCAAAGGCUUCCUGGAUCCCCAGCAGUGAAAGAGAAGGGCUGAUCCCGUCCUCCUCCAGGUUCCUGCCGUGCAGCCCUUCUUUCCCUCUUUCUCUCUCCUGCUUAUUCCCCUCUCCCAAAGAUACAAACCCUACCUGACCCCAACACCUAAACACUUUGACCUUUGUCACCCACUUCUUGGACCACUCUUGUUGGUCCAGUCACGUCCACCGCAUCAUCUUCCUCACAGCAAUUCCAUAGCCAGUCUCCCCUCAUUCCAGCCACACUAGUCCACUUCCCUGCGGGACCCUGCACGUUUUAGAGGUCUGCUCUACCCUCUGGCUGCUUGCCGGGCCCCAUGGCUACAGGAGGUCAUGCCCCUGACAUAGAUGUGUUAAUAAACCUACAGCAGGUAAGGGUGGAAGAGGAAGAUGAGGAUGGAUGCGUGGAGGACCAGGAGGAAGAAGAGGAGGAAGAGAGCUGGGAGAAAGCUCUGUCCGUGGAGCGCUUUGCAGACAUCAUCAGUGACUCUGCUUCUACCAGUGGAGACAGGAUGGGGCGACACUACACUGAGAAAGACUUUGAGUAUCACAGACACACAUUUCACCAUAUGCACCACCCCUUGUCCACUCACCUGCCCGUGCCCCAGCGUUUACGGAAGAGGGUACACAGCAUGGAGAAGAGGCGCAAAAAGAAGCGCAGGAAAAAAAAGACUUCGCUGCCGCCUUCUGACGUUACGCCUACCAUACACGAGGUAGACGAGGAAGAGGCAGAGUCGGAGACCGAAGGGCAAGGGGUGGCUGCCACUCCCGCAGAGCUCCCUGAGGUCCAGCCACAGUUUAGUUUGGGGAGCCAAGAGGACUUGGGGGAACCCCUUCACCACACUAUCGUCCACACGGAAAACGAAGAACAACCUUUGUCGAGGAAAACAACUGCGCUGACUCUGACAAAGGGGGCGGCUCAUAAUGGGGGAAUAACUGUUACUGGACAGAACGAUGACAUGGAUGGAGGAGAAGCAGCAUGCAACAGUGUUCCCUCAGGAUCAGAUCCCUCAAGUUCAAUCACACCUCAUGGCUGGUUCCGCAAGAAGCCUGUCCACCACCGUCUGCCGGGCACCCAGCGAAACAACUACGACCUGCGGGAGCGGAUCUGCAUCGGCAGCAUGACUGCCCUGGAGACUGCCGUCUAUCAGCAGGUGCCCACUGAUGAGGCUGAAGCCCAAAUGUUGGUCAGCGCUGAUCUGGAUGACAUGAAAAGUCACAGAUUUGAGGAUAACCCUGGGGUGCGUCGGCACCUGGUGAAGAAGUCGUCCCGAUGUCACAUGAGCCGAACCAGCAACAGUUCUACGCCGCUGUCCAGCCUGAAGAAGAAGAAGAGGGCUUCGGAAAAGAAAACUCACGAGUUGUUUGUGGAGCUGAACGAGCUGAUUGUGGAGAAGGACCAUGAAAUGCGAUGGAAGGAGCGCGCUCGCUGGAUCAAGUUCGAGGAGGAUGUGGACGAUGAGACGGACCGCUGGGGAAAACCUCAUGUGGCCUCGCUGUCCUUCCGCAGCUUGCUGGAGCUUCGCCGCACCAUCACACAUGGUGCCAUCCUAUUGGACCUCGAACAGACCUCUCUGCCCGGCAUCGCCCACCUGGUCGUGGAGACGAUGAUCAUUUCCGAUCAGAUCAGAGCCGAGGAUAGGCCCAACGUUCUUCGGGCCCUGCUUCUCAAACACAGCCAUCUAAGCGAUCACAAAAAUCGUUUUCAUCGCCACCACUCAUCCAGCAGUCUUCAUGGCAGCUACAACCACAACCACGUCCACGACACCAACCAGCCAUUGGUGUCCGAAGAGCACGAUGAGCACCACGAACACAAAGGACCCGUGUACGAUCCCAAACAAGACGUUUUUGUUAGCCUGUUUAAAUCUCUCCACCCUCUGCCGGAGACUCAUCCAGCCACAGCCAGAUCUGUGAAACUUCUCGCCAAGAUUCCCAAAGAUGCUGAGGCGGUCAUUGUUUUAGUUGGUUGUGUUGAAUUUCUGGAGCAGCCGGCUAUGGCCUUUGUCAGGCUGAGCGAGGCAGUCCUUCUGGAGUCGGUGCUUGAGGUUCCCGUCCCUGUUCGAUUUAUUUUCGUCCUUCUCGGUCCCAGUCAGUCCAACGUGGACUAUCAUGAAAUUGGACGUUCUUUCUCCACUCUCAUGUCAGACAAGAACUUCCAUGAGGUUGCCUACUUUGCUGAUGACAGACAAGACCUCCUGAAUGGCAUCAAUGAAUUCCUGGACUACAGCAUCGUGAUUCCACCGUCAGACGUGGAGGGAAAAGACCUCCUGAAGACAGUGGCUGACUUCCAGAAACAGAUGCUGCGGAAGAGAAAGGAAAGAGAGCUCAAGAAGCACAGCUCCUUAAUUGGAGUAGAGUCAGAAAUCAAAGAGGUGAGUCCUGAGGAGGAGGAGGAGGGAGAACAGGAAGUGGAUCCAUUAAAGCGCUCAGGAAUGCUGUUUGGAGGUUUGAUCCACGACAUCCGCAGGCGUUACCCGCAAUAUGUGAGCGACUUAAAAGACGCCCUGGACAUGCAGUGCAUUGCUGCUGUCAUCUUCAUCUAUUUUGCCGCACUGUCACCCACUAUUACCUUUGGAGGCCUCCUGGGAGAGAAAACAGAGGGCAUGAUGGGAGUGACUGAACUCAUUGUUUCCACUGCAACUAUCGGAGUUAUAUUCUCACUGCUUGCUGGACAACCCCUUCUCAUCACUGGCUUCUCUGGACCCUUACUGGUGUUUGAAGAGGCCUUCUAUAAGUUUUGUCAGGUCUACAACUUUGAGUACCUGACUGGUCGAGUGUGGAUCGGCUUCUGGCUCAUCUUCAUCGUCCUGGUGAUUGUGGCAGCAGAGGGUAGCUUCCUUGUCCGCUACAUCUCACCUUUUACACAGGAGAUUUUCGCUUUCCUCAUCUCCCUCAUCUUCAUCUAUGAGACUUUCUCUAAGCUCAUCAAGGUUUUUAAGGAACAUCCACUGAUGGCAGUGUAUCCCACUGACGCCAGUGGGUCUCAAAAUUUUGAUGGUCCCAUAUACAACCAGCCUAACACUGCUUUUCUUUCUCUGGUGCUCAUGAUGGGCACUUUCUUUGUUGCAUUCUUUCUCAGGAAGUUUCGAAACAGCCGGUUUUUAGGUGGCAAGGCCAGAAGGAUUAUCGGUGACUUUGGCAUCCCGAUCUCAAUCUUAGUUUCAGUACUGGUGGAUUACGCCAUUACUGACACUUACACACAGAAACUCAAUGUGCCAUCAGGUUUUUCUGUCACGUCUCCUGAUAAGAGAGGUUGGUUUAUCAGCCCCUUUGGUGACAAGAAGCCCUUCCCCACUUGGAUGAUGGGGGCGUCUGUUGUUCCUGCCCUGCUUGUGUUCAUUCUUAUUUUCAUGGAAACUCAAAUUACUUCGUUGAUAGUCAGUAAGAAGGAGCGUCGGCUGGUUAAAGGCUCCGGCUUCCAUCUGGAUCUCCUGCUCAUUGUCAUCCUGGGUGCCCUCUGCCCCCUUUUUGGCUUGCCGUGGCUCACGGCAGCCACUGUGCGCUCUGUCACUCAUGUUAACGCGCUCACAGUGAUGAGCAAGGCCACGGCUCCUGGAGAAAAGCCCAUGAUCCAGGAGGUGAAAGAGCAGAGGCUCACCGGACUUCUUGUGGCUGUGCUUGUUGGUAUGUCCAUAGUGAUGACAGAUAUUCUCCGCCUCAUCCCUCUGGCUGUGCUCUUCGGGAUCUUCCUGUACAUGGGGGUCACCUCUCUGACGGGCAUCCAGCUGUACGAACGCAUAACGCUUAUGGUCACGCCUGCCAAGCACCACCCGGACCACAUCUACGUCACCAAGGUGAAGACAUGGCGCAUGAACAUGUUUACCAUCACCCAGCUGGCAUGCAUCGUGGCUCUGUGGGUAGUGAAGUCUACUGCGGCCUCCCUGGCGUUCCCCUUCGUCCUCAUCAUGACGGUGCCGCUGCGACGCCUCAUCCUCUCCAGGAUCUUCGAGGAGCGUGAGCUCCAGGCGCUGGAUUGUGAUGAAGAUUCGCCCAACUUUGAUGAAGAUGGACGAGAUGAGUACAAUGAGAUCCACAUGCUUGUAUAAAUUUAAGCUGGAACCAGCUAAAAGGAUCGCCUACACCCUGCAGGUCUGACCGAUCGGAGGAAGCAAACCUUGGAAACCUCAUUGUCUCUGGAUAGCAAGAGGAGCUUCUGCAAUGGUGUUUGUAAAAUAUACAGAAUCUAUAGCUGGAUAAGCACUUUUUACCUUUAUUUAAUCCAUUUUUUUAAAAGCACAUCUAAUGUUAGAUCUUUGUGGUGGUGUCGAUGUCUUAACCCUGACAGAAAUAGCUCUGAAUGCAUACCUGAAGUGGACUAUACCAAAUCUAGCAGCAUACAUAACUUAUAUGAACUCUUUUUACCUGAUGUCUCCCUUUAAUUAGUCUGCAGGUUCUGGGCAUAAGUGCAAUGAUAGUGGGGACCUUUAGGACUGCAGCAGGCUUGAUUAAUUCAGGCUUAUUUUGGGACUGAUCUGUGAGAAAGGAAAGAUUUUCUUUAAUGAGGAGAGGAUUUCAAUCAAACUUAAUAAUGUUUUCAGAUGAACUUUCUCUAAAUGUAAAGCCUUCAAUUGGUUUUACUGCCUCUGUUGUUAAACUGCCUUUUUCCUUUGUAUUACUGCCUUUGUCUAUAGGUUGCAAUGGUGUGCAAACAAGGAGUUAAGUCAGUCCUUUUCCUUUCUGUACAGACUUGUAGGAAAAAAAGGUCACGUUUCUCUGCCAACCCAGCUCCCUGGCACAAGUCCUCAUCUCUAAAUGUAGUCUCCCGUGAAUCCAAAAUCCCCUAGAGACUGUGCCUCUUCAUGGGCUGCCACUGUACUUUUUUUAAGGUGAUUAAUGCCCUCCACUGAUCCCAUUAUUAUGACCUUGGAUGUAUAAGUAAAUAGCUAACAUGGUCUAAACCUAUUUUUCUACUUUGUUGUAUCUAUUUAUUUUGUGACCUUUUGGACUUAACGCUAUACCAUGUUCUUAGUGGUAUUUAGAUUUCGGAUAGCUUAAGCUACUGUUAGAGUUAGUGUAAAAUAUAAAGAACAUUGUGUAGAGUGACACGUUAAAAACAGAAAAAUGUGUCUUUAUUUGAAGUAUCUGUCAGUUUUUUGCUAAAUUUGGUAUAUUUUUUAAGAGAUGUCAUGAAUAAUGCACUUGGCUAACACAGACACGAUAGUACUGAAAAUGUUGGGGAGCAUUUAAACAUUUGCAGGAUGCAUGAAGGUUGCAUUGCACAGACUGACUGUGAGCUUGGGAUUGUAAUUUACCAUCUAUUUUUAGAGUUAUCCUAUAUUGCAACGGACACCUGCUGCUUCAAUAGGUACACCUGUUCAUCUCUUUGUUAUCGCAAAUCUAAUCAGUCAAUCGUACUGCAGCAACUGCAGUAAUGUAUGUAUGCAUAUAGACAGGUCAAGAUGACUUCUUGAAAUUUGUCCAAGCAUCACAUUUGGGAAGAAAGGUGUUUUUAAGUGACUUUAAAUGUGACAUGGUAGUCGGUGAUAGGCAGUCUGGUCCGAGUAUUUCCGAAACUGCUGAUUUGCUAGGAUUUUCCCACAAAACCAUCUCAAGGGUUUACACAGAAUGGUCUGAAAAAGACCAUUCUGUUCUCUUUCUGGGUGAAAAUGCAUAGCUGAUGCCAGAGGUCAGAGGAGAUUCUGCUUUGAGCUGAUAGGAAGGCAGCAGUAGCUAAAUUAACUGCUCAUUGCAGCCAAGGUAUGCAGAAGAACAUCUUGGAAUGAACAGCAUAUUGAACCUUGAAUCGGAUGAGCUACAACAGCAGAAGACCAAAAACCUCAAAAUCCCUCCGCCAGAUCUCAAAAGGGGGUCCAACCUGGUACUACCUAAGGUGUACCUAAUAAAGUGUAGUUUUGACACAUGCACAUUUUCAGAAGCCUUUCUUAUUUCAUGCUACACAGAAACACAUAACAGCUGCUGUACAUAAAACAACAAAAAGAUAAAACUAAUUCAUUAAUUAGUGUUGGAAAUUGGUGUGAUUUUACUAUAUUUGGCUCAAUGGUCCAUUUACGGUCAGCAAUUAAAAGCUUAGGAACUGAAAGAAGAAGCUUCACAUUUAGAUGUUUUGAGGAUAUUCACUGUCUGGUUCACCAAACAUUAGGAUUAUAAAGUUUAUUCGUAUUGAUUUAAAAUAGACGGGAGUUGUUGAAUACAACAAAAAAAGUGAGCACAUUGGGUUCUGGUCUUUUUCCAUGUUUGCAUUCGGUGGCUCCCUUGCUUUCAUCACUGACACACUCGGGAAGCGUCAGCUGAGUCCUGGGGAUUCUAACUGGGUGGAUAUCUGCAGAAAGUCAGCAAUUGUCUGCUGUUUUUUCUUACAAUAUCUUGAUGGCACACUCUUUGAUCACAUUCAGUGAAAGUGGAAAAGAACAGCAGAGAUGAUUGAACCCAAACCCAAAUUCCUCACUCUGGGGGAUGCUUGGCAAAAAGGUUAAUUCAACAUGAAAGUCUGUUUCUUUGCACUGUUACUACCAAAAUGUAUCUACUGCUAACAUUUAGUCUAUGAACCUUUUAAAAGAAAACAGUGCAUAGUAAGUUAGGAGAGAGAGAGACUGCUUGGCAGCUGAAGAGGUUUCUAUAAAUUACUGGCAAACAAGGCCAAAACCCCACUAUAAACAUACUUUAAAUGGUCAGCAAUGUACUGUUAUUCAUCUUAUUUCACAUAACCAUGCCCUAUAUUAUGAGCCAUGCAAAGAUUCAGUCUCAGGGGAAACUGACCUUUGAUCUGUAAAUAUUGCUCCCCAGCCUUUAGUUUGUUGCCUCUUUGUGUAAAUAAAGCGGUCAAGGCAAUCCGGCGCUUGCUAUGUAAAAAUCUAUGGCUUACAGUCCCGGCUUUUAUGUUGUACAAUGUAGGAAAAAGAGGUCAAGUGCGUAGAAUUAUGUGUUUACUCCAGUGAAGUGACAUAGAAGUUUAACGGUAAAUGAAUCUCUCUUUCCCCCCUAGAUUGUUCUCUGUAGGCCUGCACUUGAAGCUCCACUUUGAUGUGAAGCGUACACCUGCUGCAGUCUGUAUUUAAUUCUGCAGCUCCCCGAGUUAAUGAGUAACACAAUGUGCUUUGAAUUAGCACUCUGUAGCAGUUUCAUUUAAAAUGGGCUGCGUUAUUAAUGGACCUUUUCAACCAUGUGUUUAUGUUUCAGGAGUUUACAGAGACUGGAAUGGCAAACUGAGGGCAGAGACAGUGAGGUAUUUUCUUCAUUAUACCCACCCCUAUCCGUAUUCGUGACAUUAUUGAAUGUUUGCCUCUGACUGAGUGUGUUUUUAGGGGCAGGAACUUGAUUUAUGGAAGUUUACUAAUGACACAACUAUGAGUGGUCACCAUGUUAGAAAGCGCACUGCCAAAUAAUUUUGCAAAAAAAAUGAAAAAACUAUUUUUGUUGUUGAUGUUUUGGGGGGUUUUUUUUAACUCUUUUUUUUUUUUUUUUGUGUGACAUUUAUGUAUUUUUUGUAACCUAGAAUUAUUCUAAUAUUGUAUAAAUUUAAAAAGUGUAAACUCUAGAUUGCCCUGAGUAAGCAAGCAUCCCUCAUAUUUUCUGCCUUACAGACAAUUUUUUCAGUUUGUAUUCAUCUCAUUUACAAGGACGACAGUUCAUUUGAAAUAAUGAAUACUGAAAAGAAAUUUAGCAAGCAGCAUUUGGAUGGUAUUGUGGCAAAAACAAUGUGUAAUGACCAUUUUUAAACACCACGGCCAACCAAAGAAUUAUUGCUUCCUAUGUCCAUUUCUUUAUAACCCCAAUGUCCCAAUCUUCCGCUGGCUUCUUCCAGCAGGCUAACACACCAUGUCACAAAGCUCAAGUGAUCUUAAACUAGAGUUCAGCUAUCACUCUAAUUGAGCACCUUUGGGAUGCAGUGCAAUGGGAGAUGGUAGAUGUGCAGCCAACAAAUCUGCAGUAACUGUGCAAAGCUAUGCUAUCAUGUCAGUCUGAACCAAAAAUCUCAGAGGAAUGUUUCCACCACCUAAUUGAAUCUGUGCAAUGAAAGAUUAGGCCAGCUCUGAAGGCAAAAUUGGGUCCAACCUGUUAAUAGCAAGGUGUACCUAAUGAAGUGACCAGUAAGUGUAUAGUUUUAUUUAGAAAAUGAAAAGCAUUUAUAAAUCUUUUCAGGCAGACUAACAUUGUUUAAUAGUUUGUUGAAAGCUUACAUUUGUUCUAUGUCUAAUAGUUUUGUCAAUAUUUAACUUCCAUACCUAAAAAGCACACACUAAUGUUAGUUGUACACAGAGCACUAAGUGCAUUACUAUGAGAGACUAAGAGUAGAUGCUGUACAGCCAGCUGUGAGUGGCUGAGAACAUGAGAAUCAAAAGGGGGGUAAAGAUUUUAUUUUUUAAAGUAAAAUGCCUUGUUGGUGCCAUUAAUAACUAAAUAUGCAGUGAAAGCUUUGAUAGUUCAUUUUUUAGCCAAAGUUGUUGUUUGUCAACAAUGCUGUGCUGAUUCGACCUGUGAUGGUGAAAGAGGCUCUGAGGUGUAUGCCCGAUACAAGUGUGUGUGUGUGUGUGACACGAGCUGCUGUGUCUGUGGAGCCCACAGCCUAAAAAG